AUGACGCGCGCCCAACAAACGCUCUCUAUAGGCCUCUUGGUCGCUUCCCUCUACACAGUCUGCUUCCUAGGCCUCCUGCCCUUCCCCGCGAAAAUCCAGGAAGAGGUUGUUCCUUACCUCCCCUUCUGGGCCCUCAUCUCCUUCGGCGCAUUCCUCCUGUUCAAACUCGGCUGGGGCGUGCUGACGUUUAACGAUUGUCCCGAGGCGCAUGAGGAGUUGACGCAGCAGAUUGAGCAGGCGCGGAAGGAGUUGAAGAUGAAGGGGGUUUCGGUGGAUUAG